AUGUCGAUACAACCUUUUAAUGAAAAAAAAAAGUCACUGUCUUCAGGGCUUAAGAAUUACAUUGUUGAACGACAAAUUGGCGCAAUUUUAAUUUCUUAUUUUUUGGCACCAGACCCACAAAAUCCCUUCUCAAAAUUCCUUUUCAUCUCAUACCCUAUAUACAAAUCCGAUGGAACUGUUCUUUAUGGAAAAGGUUAUUGGGAUUUGGCUUACGUUACUUUUUGGGUGGCUCAAGAAAAUCAAUCCGAUUUAUGGAGCAAGAAACCUCGUAAAGACCUUUUACAAUUAGUUGCUCAUCAUAUUAUCACUAUUCUGCUGAUUGGUGGUAGUUACAUAUCAAAUUUUACAAGAAUUGGAAAUACUGUAUUUAUUACAAUGGAUGCUUCGGAUAUUUGGUUAGGGCUGUCAAAAUGUUUGAAAUACAUGGCUUUUCCUAAUUACGUUACCAACACAAUGUUUAUAAUUUUCAUGAUAGUAUGGGUAUAUUCUCGACAUUAUUUAUAUUGGCUAGUCACUUAUUCUCUUUGGGCUGAUUCCUGUCUUCCUGAAAACAACGAGUGUAUUUGGGAUCCGUUAAAUGGCUAUUGGCUUACACCGUGGUCCAAAUACAUUGUUUUACUAGGAAUGACCCUUUUACAAAUCUUAAUGAUUUAUUGGUUCACUCUUAUUUUGAGAAUUGCCUGGAAAGUUGUUAAUGGGAAUAACGCUGAAGAUACUCGAAGUGAUUCUGAAAA